UCUAACACAGCCCCUCCUCAUGUUGCCAAACCGGUCAACGACGGUACGAAAAUUUAUUUUCUCUUCCCGCCGGCCGAACAUCUCGGGCUGAGACAUCACCUGAGAUGUAGUAAACAAGGCAUUAUUUCCCGGCCAAAACCGCCACCUUCCUUCUACAUUUAAUCAAAUUCCAGCUCCGAUUCCCAUUCCCGCGUUUCCCAUAAUGGUAACCGUCCAAGCUUGUCAGCUUAGCCUCCCAAACCCAUCUUUCUCCUUCCUUGCCCAGUAUUCUCCACCUCCCCACAUCACCUCUUUCCUCUUCGAUUCCAAUUCCAACUCCCUCGCCCUUCACCAUUCCGACACCUCUUUGUCUCUUUACCCUUCUCUCUCCCCUCUCUCCCUCUCUUCCUUCCCUUCUCCCUCCACUCUCGUCCCUUCUCCCACCUCCUCCGCUGCCUUCCUCCACCUCCUCUCUAACCCUAACCCUCGUUCUAUUUUCAUCACCUCCUCGCCUUUCCUCGGCGGCACAGCUGUUCUCUUCCGCUUCUUUAUUUUUCAUCCUACCCGGAAGGCGUUUGUGAAGCUCAAGGUUCGAUCUAACCAUACGGAUUUGAGGUUCGAUGAUAACAAGUAUGGCGUUGUUUUCGCGGUUUCUCAUGGCGUUUCGGUGAAAUUGGCGGGUGGGAGUAAUUUUUUCACCAUGUAUUCUGUUUCGAAUUCGAAGAUUUGGGUUUUUGCUGUCAAAUUGGAGGCGGAUUUUGAAGAGGUGAAGUUGAUGAAGUGUGCUGUGAUUGAUUGUGUCUUGCCGGUUUUUUCCAUGAGUGUCUCGUCUGGGCAUUUGAUUUUGGGAGAAGAGAAUGGGGUUAGGUUUUUCCCCUUGCGGCCACUGGUGAAAGGGAGGGUUAACAGAGAGGGGAGAGUGAGUAGUAGUAUUAUUAGGAGGAAUUUAAAUGGAGGAAUGGACAACAAGGAUGCUGGUAAGUUGGAAGUUAGCAAAGCUAAUAAGCUGCAAAAUGGGUUGGUUCAGGGAAUAAAUGGAAUUGAUCAUGCGGUUCAUUCUAGCAACUCUGGCCGCAAAAAUAUGGGGCCUGAAGGGGCAGUUAGUGUGGUUUCGAAUGGCCAGUUUGAAGGAAAGAUGGAUAAGCGGUCUGAAUCUGUGAAGCCGAGGACCAUGACAUUGAGACAAGAUACUCGAGAUUGGGGUGUGUGUUUCAUAGCAUUUAAUGGCAAGCAAAUUGAAAGUUUUCGAUAUGUCAAGAUGCCAGUGAAGUCUCCAAAGGCAAUAUCAAUCCAUGUAUUAUCACUUACCAAGUUUCUAAUCUUGGAUUCUGAUGGAGAUCUUCAUCUCAUGUGCUUGUCCAAUUCUGUGCAUGGAUCAGAAUGUCCUUUUCAUACAACACAGUUAACUCAGACCGCUAGAGUGCAUAAACUGGCAGUUCUCCCUGGAUCACAGAUUAUUUGGAUAUCAGAUGGACAAUAUACUGUGCAGAUGAUUGUUCUGACUGAUGAAGAGACUUCAAUGAGUGGAACACUCGGAAAAGAGAGUACGCAAGCAAUAUUUGUCAGUGAAAAGAUCCAAGAAAUUAUACCUUUGUCUGCCAAUGCCAUUUUGGUUCUUGGGCAAGGUGGUUUUGUCUCCAAGCCAUUAGUUAUCCAGAAAUGGAUGGUUAAUUGGUGCCUGUUGAGUUUCGUGGGUGUUGAUUUCAAGCUUCAGUCAUCCCAAUACGUAAUGGAAUACAUCACAACCAGGACAAUGAUCUCGAGAUGUAGUAGUGUGGCUGUCAGCAGAGUUCUGAAGCUUGAGAUGUUCAAGUCUCUCAUCAAGACAUCAAGCGAAUGCUACGGGCCUGCUGCUUGAGGAGCCUUGGCUGUUGAUUUGCUGUUUUACAAGCUCUACCGGUUGGGUGCUCUCAUUUUUUCUUUCUAUUGGUGGAGAAAAUCAGCAUUUUAUCUGACACUCUUUAAGGUAAGGGGUAGCUCCGCAUUGUAUUGGCAGAUGAUGUUAGAUUUGGACCGCUUGUUCAGCGCCUUAUGCCAUCUCUGGCUGCUAUGGAGAGAUUGCAAUUAAUAUUUCCCAAGUGUAAGUGCUCGGAUCGGGCAGAAAUAUGUUUCUGCAGUGCAUAUAGAAUGUUAUACUUGAAACUGUUCACUUGUCAUAACACUUGUUUGUAGCAGGGUUGUUUCCUCCACUGGGUACAUAUCUGAAGGGCGUUACACUUCAACAGAUAUAUAGUUGUAACGAAUUAUUUAUUUA